AUGGACUCCUUUAGCAGCAUCCAACAGGACCAGGUCAGGAAAUGGCUCACCGGAUAUUCUCGAUACCAUGAACGGACCCCUUGGACACACGAAACCCCCGAACAUGGGCCGAUCACCAAAGAGUCGCGAGAUCCACGUCGUCGCUCCGCAACUCUCGGCUUUGUUGGACUUGGUCUUGCCAACGUCCCAGCCUUUGCCUAUCUCCAAGGGUUGAAGUUCGCUCGCACGCUUCAAGCACCCGACAAGUGGGCAGCUUGGUCUUCGGAAACCUUCCUCCGCCGACGUCUGGCAUGGGUUGUCAAAGCUACUGGAGCGACGGACACUGCUGUCAAGGUGACCAGCGACUUACUGCAGGCGAGCGACAGGGCUGAAUGGGCCUCAGUGCUUUCUUUCAGCGUGGACAGCCUCCCUCCUCUGAAUCAAUUCUGGACGACAAUCGCCGUGAACUUUGUGCACUUUGAUCUCAAGCAUUUCUUGUCGAACAUGGGCGCUCUCUACGUCGCUGCCACGACUUGCGUCGACAUUCCCGGCAUGACCGCAUGGCAUAUCAGUGCGGUCACACUUGCCUCUGGCAUCAUGGCUACUGCGAGUAUGCUGAUUCAGUUCCGGCUGGUCAAGACCGGACUUGCCAUUCUGGCCACUCGCAGAACGGGCAUCGGAGCAAGCGGUGUCGUCUCUGCGUUCAUGGCUGUUGCCGCAAUCGCCGAUCCUACCAAGCGAGUCGAUAUCAUUCCCUUCUUGCCCGGCGUUCUUUGA